AUGGACAUUGGAAAGUGCGUAGGAUGCGCUGACGCCAGGAAAAAAGACUCGGACCUGACGGCCCCUACGCCGCAGAACACACCACUGAGCAAUGCACCGAUUGAGCGCGAGGCGCUGGCCCGCCCGGCGGUGCCGACGAUUGGCGAAGAGGACGAGGGCGCCUCCGACGCGGUCGCCGGCCUGCCGAGCGCGGCGCUGACGGGUAUGAUCCAGGACCGCCUGUCGACGCUGGUCGGCCGCUCGUCGGGCUACAUCGAGUCGCUGCCGGACGAGGUGCGCCGCCGCGUGGAGGGACUCAAGGGCCUCAACGUGGAGCACCAGAAGCUCGAGGCGGCGUUCCAGCGCGAGCUCCUGGCGCUCGAGAAGGCGUUUGCGGAGCGCUACGAGCCGCUGUACGCGCGCCGCCGUGAAAUUGUGCUUGGCUCCGUGGAGCCGACCGCCGCGGAGGUCGAGGCUGGCGAGGCCGUCGACCCGGAGGACGACGAGGAGGACGAGGACGCGGAGGACGAGGACGAGGCGCCGCGCGAGAAGCCGCGCUCGCUCGCGAACAUCUCGAUCAAGACGGACGCGCCGAAGGGUGUGCCUGAGUUCUGGCUCACCGCGCUGAAGAACCACGUGGCGCUCUCGGAGCUGAUCACGGAGCGCGACGAGGGCGCGCUGCGCCACCUCACGGACGUGCGCCUGCGCUACCUGGACAGCCAGGGCGACGCUGCGCCGGACCAGGCGCAGCAGGGCUUCCAGCUGCUGUUCGUCUUUGCGAAGAACGAGUUCUUCACGAACGAGGUGCUCACCAAGACGUACUUCUACCAGGACGAGGUCGGCCUCUCCGGCGACCUCGUGUACGACCACGCCGAGGGCACAGAGAUUGCAUGGACGUCCGCGGAGAACGACCUGACGCACCGCGUCGAGACGAAGAAGCAGCGCAACAAGAACACAAACGAGACACGCACCGUCAAGCGGCUCGUCCCCACCGACUCGUUCUUCCACUUCUUUGCGCCGCCCGUGCCCCCGAGCGACGACGACGACGCGGACGAGGACGAGCUGGACGCGCUCGAGGAGCGCCUCGAGCUCGACUACCAGGUUGGCGAGGACCUCAAGGACCGCAUCAUCCCGCACGCGAUCGACUUCUUCACCGGCAAGGCCCUGCAGGUGGAGAAUGCAGACGAGUGGGACGAUGAGGAUGCGUUGGAUGACUACGACGACGAGGACGACGACGACGAGGACGACGAUGCGCCGCCUGCGCGCCAGGACCCCCAGGAGUGCAAGCAGCAGUGA